AUGACAGAAGAAUAUAAUGGUUUCUCUUGCUCUGCUACCUCUCUAUCUCUCCUACAUUGGUUUCUCUUGGUGUGGGUGUUUUUAUUUUUGGCAAGAGCCUGUUUGGCUGUGCCUGUGGCUCUCUUAGAGUUGGUGGCCCCUCCCCAUAGUGGUGGUUGUUUGAGCCUUGUGCUCAGAACUGAGCUUAAAUGUCUCAAGCAGAGUUUGAGUCCCCGUUCCUCGCCAAACACCCCCUACAAACAGAUUUACUUCCUCCUCUACAUCCCCUCCUCUCUUGCCUUCUCCUUAUUCUGGAUCAGGCCUCUCCAUUGGGCUACAACAACUACUUCUACAAGUGAAGUUUCGCAUAUUUAUUGGAAAGUGUAUAGAGCUCUUGCUAUGGCUCCUGCUUUGGUGUUUGCACCACCAUCUUCCACCCUUGGUUUUGGUCCUUGGGAUAUACCUGGUUGGAAUGGUGUUGUUUUCUCUAUGGUACAUAGGCAGAUUUGGCCUUGA